CCAGGAGUCAAAACAUUCAGGCCCGUUCUAUUUCUAUUUUAUUUUUUAAUUUUUCUUUCCAAUUAUGCGUGAAUCCCAAAAAAAAGGGAAAAAAAAGAAAAAAAACGUUGAAUCCAGGCGCUGGUAAUUGGGAGAGGCGGAGGUAGGUGGCUGGCUAAUCUAUUCAAAAAACGAAAAAAAAAUUGGCUGGCUAAGAAACGAAGACUUUCGAGAAUAUAAAGAGCGGCAGAGCCCCCAACUUGCCCUUCUGCGGUGCUCCAAAAUCGCAUCUUGGAAGGUAUAAAUCAAAAAAGAGAAUUGCAGAGCUGUGACAUAGAACAGAGUUGUGCCAUCAGCCAUGUCGAUGGAAUUGCGUGGGUUAAAUUCAUCGUCAAGCAAUAACUCCCUUGAAGAAAACAGUUUUAGGAGUGAAUCUUUCUCCGAGGACAGAGACCAGGGAGCUAUAUCAGAGACUGGGUGCCUCUCCAUCAUCGUGCUUGGUGCUUCCGGUGACCUGGCGAAGAAGAAGACAUUUCCAGCACUUUUCAACCUUUUUCGGCAGGGAUUCUUACGCCCCAAUGAAGUUCACAUAUUUGGAUAUGCCCGAACAAAAAUUUCAGAUGAUGAGUUAAGAGAACGCAUUCGAGGAUUCCUUAGCCAAGGUAAAGGAGCUUCAGCUGAGCAUACAGAAGAUCUUUUGAUGUUUUUACAAUUGGUAAAUGGUAUUUUGCAGAUCAAAUAUAUUAGUGGUUCAUAUGACAGUGAGGAUGGAUUUUUGUUGUUGAAUAAGGAAAUUUCAGAUCAUGAGUCAUCAAAAAACAGUCAACCAGGAACUGCUCGCAGACUGUUUUAUCUUGCAUUGCCUCCAUCUGUUUACCCUUCAGUUUGCAAAAUGAUCAGAAGAUACUGCAUGAACCAAUCUGAUCUUGGUGGGUGGACUCGGAUUGUUGUUGAGAAGCCUUUUGGAAAGGACUUAGACUCCGCAGAGGAACUUAGUGCCCAGCUUGGAGAGCUAUUUGACGAACAACAGCUUUACCGAAUUGAUCACUAUCUGGGAAAGGAAUUGGUCCAGAACUUGCUUGUGGUACGUUUCGCCAACCGCUUCUUUGUGCCCCUUUGGAAUCGUGAUAAUAUUGACAAUGUUCAGAUUGUCUUCAGGGAGGAUUUUGGAACUGAAGGGCGUGGAGGAUAUUUUGAUCAAUAUGGAAUCAUUCGUGACAUUAUUCAAAAUCAUUUAUUGCAGGUUCUUUGUUUAGUUGCCAUGGAGAAGCCUGUAUCUCUCAAGCCAGAGCACAUUCGAGAUGAGAAAGUGAAGGUUCUUCAAUCAGUCCUACCCAUAAAAUACGAAGAGGUUGUUCUUGGACAAUAUGAGGGCUACAGAGAUGACCCAACGGUUUCUGACAGCUCCAACACCCCAACCUUUGCAACUGUAGUUUUAAGGAUACACAAUGAAAGAUGGGAAGGUGUCCCUUUUAUACUCAAGGCAGGAAAAGCUUUGAAUUCAAGGAAAGCAGAAAUUCGUGUGCAAUUCAAGGAUGUUCCUGGUGACAUCUUUAAAUGCAAAAAGCAAGGCAGAAAUGAAUUUGUCAUACGCCUGCAGCCGUCUGAGGCCAUGUAUAUGAAAUUAACAGUCAAGAAACCUGGACUGGACAUGUCAACCAUACAGAGUGAACUAGAUUUAUCUUAUGGGCUACGAUAUCAAGGUGUCACUAUUCCAGAGGCAUAUGAACGGUUAAUCUUGGACACAGUACGGGGAGAUCAGCAGCACUUUGUGCGCAGAGAUGAAUUAAAGGCAGCAUGGGAGAUUUUCACUCCUCUGCUACACAGUAUUGAUGCUGGGGAACUGAAGCCUCUUUCUUAUCAACCAGGCAGCCGUGGUCCAGCAGAGGCAGAUGAGCUGCUUGCCAGAGUAGGGUAUGUGCAGACACAUGGCUACAUAUGGAUACCACCUACAUUAUAAGAACAGCAUGGUAUUCCUAUUAUUGAUGUAGUUAACUACGUGACUUUUGUCACCACAUGCGCUGGUCUACAGUAUGUGUUGAAUAGUCCAAUGUCCAGCAUGGGUACUUGAGCCAAACUUCAGUUUGCAAAAUAUUGCUUUGCUUUGUAUCAAAUUUAAUAAUUUGCUUAAUGGAAAAGGCAUAAUAAAGUUUUUCCACCAUUAAGCAUUGCGCACGAUAUGUUUGGUAACAAAUGUUACGAUAUGUACUUAACACUUGUUUCCAUACAAAAACCUUUUGGAGA